AGCAGCUGCUCCCUAGAAACAGGAAGGGGGCAAGGUGGCGCCCGCAUGGUCUGUGAUAUUGUCAGAGGAAACAGGCGGGGAGGCCAUGGGGUUGUGAGAACCACAGAGUCUGCAGCUGGGAGCUGGCGCUCUGAGGAGUGACACCUGUGUCUGCAAAGGGGCUCAAAUCAGCAGGCCUCGCUCUCUGGCCCUGCUGUGCUGGAUAGGAAUACCCCGUCUAGUCUCCUCGAGAAGCAAAGGGCUCCUGUACCAGUUUCAUGGAUACUGCUGUCCAUUGACAAAGAAGCCUGAUUACCUCAACCUACUCUCACUGCCCCUGGUGAUCCUCCAGGCUGACAGCAAAGGUUCUAGUGCCUAAGAUGCCGAUUAUCUUAGGACCUGCAAAGGCCUGACCUGUCAGGUGAGCGUGUCCACUGGCUGACCACCCUCACCAAACUUCUGAUGUCAAACCUGUUUCUCUCAAUGGUAUGUUUCUGCAAAUCUGCUGAAGAAUGAUGGGAAGUUUACCCAGUAGAAGGAAAAGCCUGUGCAGCCCAAGCUCCAGCUCCAUUUCCUCUGGUCCAGGCCAGGGACCUGUGUCUACACAAGCAGAGACAAACAAGGUCACAGCUGUGGCCCUGGGCAGUUUCCCGGCGGGUGAGCAGGCUGGGCUAUCUCUGAGACUCGGGGAGCCACUGACCAUCAUCUCUGAGGAUGGAGACUGGUGGACAGUGCUGUCGGAAGUCUCUGGCAGAGAGUAUCACAUCCCCAGUGUGCAUGUGGCUAAAGUCUCCCACAGGUGGCUGUUUGAGGGCCUGAGCCGGGAGAAAGCUGAGGAGCUACUCCUGUUGCCUGGGAAUCCCGGAGGGGCCUUCCUCAUCAGAGACAGCCAGACCAGGAGAGGCUGCUAUUCCCUGUCCAUCCGACUCAGCCGCCCUGCAUCCUGGGACCGGAUCAGACACUACAGGAUACAGCGUCUUGACAAUGGCUGGCUGUACAUCUCACCCCGCCUUACCUUCCCCUCACUGCAGGCCCUGGUGGAACAUUACUCUGAGCUGGCGGAUGACAUCUGCUGUGUCCUCAGGGAGCCCUGUGUCCUGCAGAAGCUUGGCCCACUACCUGGCAAAGAUACACCUCUACCCACGACCGUGCCGAUGUCAUCACUCAAUUGGAAAGAGCUGGACAGCAGCCUCCUGUUUUUGGAAGCACCCCCCCCUGGGGAGGCAUCUCUUCUCAGCGAGGGGCUCCGAGAAUCCCUCAGUUCCUAUAUCAGCCUGACUGAAGAGAACUCCUUGGAUGAUGCCUAUUCUGAAAGCAGAAAGCCAAAGGGGAAACAAGGCUGUGGCACCUAGAACUCCUACCUCGGCCCCACAGCUCCUAGAGGAAAGCAGAGGGCUUAGGUGUGGGGCCCAGGCACACUCAGGGCCACACCUGGACCAUCUACUUCUUUCUCUCUGGAUUCUAAGAAGUCCUUUAUCUUCUCCGACCCCCAACUACAACUUCUAGUCCAUGUGGAGCACAGUUCAAAGCAGGGCCAGGCCUCUACAGACAGAUUACUUAUAAGGUCUAAUAAGUCAGUUCCUGAGAGGGAUAGUCAACAUGACUGCUCACCAGCCCUACUAAAAGCAGAGACCACCACUAGCAUGAAGGAGAGAAAAAAUAUUAGGAAAAUUCACAAGUCUCAAGAUGCAAACACAUUUCAGAUGGUGGGAUGGCUCAGAAAGCAGAGACAAGCAGAGCACUUGCUGGCCUUACCACAGCAGACCCCACCUAACUCCCAAUCACAGCAAGAAUGACAAUCCAGACCUUCCCAUGAUCUCAGGUCAAGUCCUUUUAAGUCAAGCUUUCAGAUUCUACUUCAUUCAGUGUUCAUCCAAACACAGUCAGGGCCUCCUCACACUCCAGUCUUGCCAUCUGGUGGCCAAACACAAAACGACACCGUUCACGUCUGGCUUCUAGAGCUCUCUCGGUGCUGGGUUGGGACAUCAGGUGUUAGAUCCUCUCUGAAAUGCCAAAACCAAGGCAAUAGCCUUUACCAACUCUAGCCCACAUUUCCCUGAUGG